CCAAGCUCCAAGAAGAAAAGGUUGAUCUGCUGAACAGAUCCUGCAGAUCGAUGUGAUGAAAUGUGAGAAACCCUGCAGAUGAGUUUGAAAGGAGAUGGACGGCGCUCUGACCGGACGGCUUCGGCUCCUGAUUCUGAUCGCUCACAGGUAAAGGUGUGAGAAGUCACACAUAACCUCAUGGCAAAGAUAAAACCAGCCUUCUGUUGUUUACCGUCUCACUCCAAUGAUGGAAGGAAUUAAGGGAAAUGAUAAAAAAUAAAAAAAAGGAAGAAAAAUGGAAAGAAAAGAGGAAGAAAUGAAGGAAGGAAUGAAAGUGCCAUGUGAGGACGUUAAAACAGAGAAUAAUUAUUAAGCGACAGAAGACAGCAUGAAGAAAGAGGAUGCCUAGAGCUGUGCAUCAGUUACCAUGGGAAUGACUUCCCCAACACACCUGACAUUAUCUCCAUUAAAGAGGAAGAUGAUGAUGAUGAUGAUGAUGAUGAUGAUGAUGAUGUUGAUAAAGACUUCCUGUUUUGUGAAGAUUGCCAGUCAUUCUUCUUUAACAAGUGUGAGGUCCACGGUUCGCCACUCUUCAUCCCCGACUCUCCUGUUCCCAUUGGGGUCGCUGACCAAGCCAGACAAACUCUUCCUCCUGGACUAGAGAUUCAGAAGUCCAGUAUUCCUGACGCAGGCGUGGGGGUGUUUAAUAAGGGGGAGCUUGUUCCAGUGGGGGCACAUUUCGGACCCUACCAGGACUGCUGGAAAACCAAGAAGAUGCCAUGAACAGUGGCUACUCUUGGGUGAUAUACACAAGCAGACAGUGUGAAAAAUACAUCAAUGCCAUGACUGAGAGCCAUGCUAAUUGGAUGAGUGUUUCAGUAUCGUGGGGGGAUUCUGUACCGUUGCUGUCGAGCCAUUAAUCCAGGCCAGGAGCUGUUGGUGUGGCACGAUGAAAAAUACACCAGAGAUCUAGGCCCUGCAUUUGACUCUUUCUGGAAGAAGAAAUGCUCUGCCAAUGAGCUUCCUGAUGCUCUGUUUCAAAUUUAUCUCAACAAACACUUCGAGAAAUGCCACGAUGAGAAGUACAUGAGACUUCGGGAAACAGAAGAGAUCAAAUCGGAGCCCCCGAAAAGCUCCGGUAUCAAUGAGGGAGCAUCAUGUGCUCCUCUCGGGUCCAACACUUCUCACAGAGAAAUUCAGAAAGACCUCCACCACUGCCCGGAGAGUGGAAAGAGCUUUACUCAACAGGGGAACCUCCAGCGCCACCAACUCAUUCAUGUGAGUGAGAAGCCGUUCCGGUGCUCGCAGUGUGGCAAAAGUUUUAAUCGUAAGCAUCAUCUCCAGCUGCACUUGCGCAUUCACACGGGAGAAAAGCCGUACCAGUGCUCGCAAUGUGGGAAAAGUUUUAGCAAUCAGAGUUCGGCGCAGCAGCACCAGCGCACUCAUACAGGCGAGAAGCCGUACCACCGCCACAUUCACACCGGAGAGAAACCGCAUCCGUGCUCAGAGUGUGGCAAGAGGUUUAGCCAUCUGGGGAAUCUCCAUCGACACCAGUGCAUUCACACGGGAGAGAAGCCGCACCAGUGCUCGCAAUGCGGGAAAAGUUUCAUUCAGAAGGUCGAACUUCAGUUACACCAGCGCAUUCAUACGGGUGAGAAGCCGCACCAAUGCUCGCACUGCGGAAAGAGGUUCUCACACCAGGGUUACCUCAAACAACACCAUCGCGUUCACACGGGUGAAAAUCCGCACCAAUGCUCACACUGCGGAAAGAGGUUCGUCCAAAAGAGCGCCCUUCAGCAACACCGCCGCUUUCACACCGGAGAGAAGUUGCAUCCAUGCUCACAGCGCGAAAAGAGCUUCACUGACCCGAGAAACCUGAAACGCCACCAGCAUAUACACAUGGGAGAGAAGCCGCAUCGGUGCUCGCAGUGCGGCAAGAGCUUUACCCAAAAGAUUGAACUUCAGUUGCACCCGCGCAUUCAAACGGGGGAGAAGCCGUAUUGCUGCUCGCAGUGCGGGAAGAGGUUUACGCGAAAGGACCACCUCGUACAACACCAGAAUGUUCACACGGGAAAGAAGCCACAUCGCUAGAUACAGUGUGGGAAGGGUUUUAUGCAGAAGAACGCUCUUUGACAGCACAAGCACGUUCUUCACGCUGGAGAGAAGAUUGUGGAAACUAUUACAACUCCCAGGGACGAGGCUUGUGAUGAACGCGCCACCAGAGUACACUGAUUUUGUUAGACUCAUUGAUUUCUAGAUAGAUAUAUGAUAAAUGUCUGUGCAUGAAGCCAGCUUCAUGAAGAUAUGCUUUACAUGAGUUGGAGUGGAAGAUCUCCUGCUAUAGAGCUCCGAACUCAACCCUAUUCAAUACUUUUGGGGUGAAUUGGAACGGAACCAGGCUUCCUCACCUCACCCCCAUCAGUAACUGACAUUACUAACACCCUUGUAGCUGAACGAGCAGGAAUCUCCACACGCUUCAAAAUCUAAUGGAACAUCUUCCAAGAAGAGCGAAGGGAUAAUAGGGGGAUGAAAUGUUAAAUUGGAUGGUCCAAAAAACCUUAACUUAUGGUCAGGUGUCCACAAACUUCAUAUAGAGUGUGUGAUAUAUAUUUGUAUAUAUAUUUAAUGAUGAUAAUUACAAUUUUUCAGACGUUCACAAUGGACGUUAUUUUUCCAGCCGAAUAUAAAUAGAUUCUUUAAAAAUCAGUUCAUUUUUCACGUGUUAAGUGUUUGUAUCCUGGUCCUACGUUUAUGUGUGUAAAUAUAUCAAAAAGAUGAACUAAUGUAUAUAAUAUUAUAUACAGUGAGGAAAAUAAGUAUUUGAACACCCUGCUAUUUUGCA